AUGUUUCGCCAAUCGACACAUUCACUGACUCGUAAUGCUGGACGCAGGGCGUUCUCCCAGUCAACCGCGCGCAGAAGCUAUGACGAUACUCUUCGAAACCUUCUCAUUCACAAAGAUACCAAAGUUUUAUGUCAAGGAUUCACAGGAAAUACUGCAACUUUCCAUGUGAAAGAAGCGUUGGCGUACGGCACGAAGAUGGUCGGUGGUGUGUCACCCAAGAAGGCCGGACAAACACAUCUCGGUCUGCCAGUGUUCGGAAAUGUUAAGGAGGCAGUACGGGAAACUCGACCAGAUGCUACCGUUGUCUACGUGCCCCCGCCGUUCGCUGCCAAUGCAAUCAUAGAAGCCAUUGAAAACGAGAUCGGUCUGAUUGUUUGCAUUACUGAGGGCAUUCCGCAGGCAGAUGAGAUUCGUAUCAUGAACGCGUUGACAAGCCAGUCAAAAUCAAGGCUUGUUGGACCCAACUGUCCAGGUGUCAUCAAUCCCGAGGGAUGCAAAAUGGGUAUCCAACCUGGACACAUCCAUACUCCAGGCAAAAUUGGUAUCGUGUCCCGCUCUGGAACUCUCACAUACGAGGCUGUCGCCCAAACAACUGGCGUUGGCCUUGGCCAAUCUGUCUGCUUGGGUAUCGGAGGCGACCCGUUCCCCGGAACUAAGCACAUUGACGCAAUAAAAGUCUUUCUUGACGACGCUAAGACAGAAGGAAUUGUCCUCAUUGGUGAAAUUGGUGGAUCUAUGGAAGAAGAAGCCGCCGAGUAUCUCGAGAAAUACAACAAGACUCGCUCCAACCCCAAGCCAGUCGUAGGCUUCAUCGCUGGACGAACUGCCCCGCCCGGAAGGAGAAUGGGACAUGCAGGCGCUAUCAUUUCCGGAGGAAAGGGCGCGGCAUCUGACAAGGUGAAAGCUUUGGAGAAGGCCGGUGUGAUAGUGACAGACAGUCCCGCAAAGAUUGGAGAGGAAAUGUUGAAGGCAAUGAAGGCUGCUGGCCUCGCAUAG